CGGGCCAUAUUCUCGGUCUUGGAGACCGUCAUCUUUCUAAUAUCUUGAUGGAUGCAAAAACUGGAGAGGUCAUCCACAUAGACCUAGGUGUUGCGUUCGAUCAAGGAAAAUUGCUGGCCAUUCCAGAAUUGGUACCAUUCCGACUUACGCCGGAUAUAGUGGAUGGGUUGGGUAUUGCAGGAACAGAAGGAGUCUUUCGAAGGUGCUGUGAAGAGGCCCUGAGGGCAUUAAGAGAGGGUUCAGAUACCAUCAAAACAGUACUAGAGGUAUUUAAAUACGAUCCUCUCCACCAAUGGGCUGUUGCUCCUGGGAAAUUGCGUCGAAUUCAAGAUAUGGAUGAUGAUGGAAACGAUAUAGAAGGUGCUAAAGGGCUCCCCAGCUCAGAGCCCCAAGUACAGGGAGCGGACCGGGCAAUAUCCUCUGUUGCCGGCAAACUGGAUACCUCUCUCAGUGUGGAAUAUACAGUCAACGAUUUGAUCGUCACGGCAAGGAAUCCAGCUAAUCUCUCGAGGCUUUUUGUUGGUAUCCUAGUGACCGAUGUUGUGUUUGAUGUCUCGGACAUGGUGUUCCCUCGCAAGGAAAUACGAACUUUGGCCGACAUGCCUUUACUCAGAGCUCGUGGGUUACGUUUUAGGACCGAUCCCGUAGCUCGAUCCAAUAUUUCUAACGGGGUCACAGUUGCUGGUAUAUUUUGUGCCUGA